AGCUUUGCUUCCAGCAGUCCAAUCCCAGACGCCUCAAGAGGAAGAAACCUUCGGCUUCGGUCUGUUGGGGCGAUCUCGUAUUCCCGCACGUCGCCGCCGAGAUCAUUUGAAGUAGGUUUUCCUAGACUAUUCCGGCACAAGCUAGCUGAAAUGGCUGAAACGGAUAAGAACAUUGAGAUCUGGAAAGUCAAGAAAUUGAUCAAGGCUCUGGAAGCAGCUAGAGGUAAUGGCACUAGCAUGAUCUCUCUAAUUAUGCCGCCUCGUGAUCAAGUUUCUCGAGUCACUAAGAUGCUGGGUGAUGAAUAUGGAACUGCAUCAAAUAUCAAAAGUAGAGUCAAUCGACAGUCUGUUCUAGGUGCGAUUACUUCCGCUCAGCAGAGACUCAAGCUAUACAACAAGGUUCCUCCGAAUGGACUAGUUUUAUACACCGGAACUAUUGUUACUGAAGAUGGAAAAGAGAAGAAAGUCACGAUAGAUUUUGAGCCAUUCAAGCCCAUCAAUGCAUCUCUUUACCUCUGUGAUAACAAGUUUCAUACAGAGGCAUUAAAUGAACUUUUGGAAUCUGAUGACAAGUUUGGUUUCAUAGUUAUGGAUGGCAAUGGUACACUCUUUGGCACUUUAAGUGGAAAUACACGUGAGGUUCUUCACAAGUUCACAGUUGACCUUCCAAAAAAGCAUGGUAGAGGUGGUCAAUCAGCACUACGAUUUGCUCGCCUUAGGAUGGAGAAGCGCCAUAACUAUGUCCGCAAAACUGCUGAGCUUGCGACUCAAUUUUUUAUCAAUCCUGCCACAAGUCAGCCUAAUGUUGCAGGAUUAAUUCUGGCUGGGUCUGCUGAUUUUAAGACAGAGUUAAGCCAAUCUGAUAUGUUUGAUCAACGGCUACAGGCUAAAAUUCUCAAUGUGGUUGAUGUGUCAUAUGGAGGCGAGAAUGGUUUCAACCAAGCCAUUGAGCUAUCAGCUGAGAUUCUAUCAAAUGUCAAGUUCAUACAGGAAAAGAAAUUGAUAGGCAAGUACUUUGAGGAAAUAAGUCAAGACACAGGAAAGUAUGUGUUUGGUGUUGAGGACACCUUGAAAGCUCUUGAGAUGGGUGCCGUUGAGACCUUGAUUGUGUGGGAAAAUUUGGAUAUUAACCGGUAUGUCCUGAAGCAUAGUACUAGUGGUGAGACUGUCAUAAAGCAUUUGCGGAAGGAUCAGGAAACAGAUCAGAAUAAUUUUUUGGAUUCCGUAACCUCCUCAGAGCUGGAAGUACAGGAGAAAAUUUCCCUGCUGGAGUGGUUUGCAAAUGAAUACAAGCGCUUUGGAUGUACUCUUGAAUUUGUUACUAACAAAUCUCAGGAGGGAUCUCAGUUUUGCAGAGGCUUCGGUGGCAUUGGGGGAAUCCUUCGUUAUCAGCUUGACUUGAGGGCCUUCGAUGAGCUUUCCGACCAGGAAUAUGAUGAAGAUUCCGAAUAGCAAUCAGCCAACCAAUUACUGGAUUCGGUCCAGAGGGAGCCUGUGCUGGCCCCACCUGUGACCAAACUUGCUCUCUUGAAUUGCACACAUCUCAAAAACUAUGAAAGGGGAGCUGCACAACAGAUUGAGGCGACAAAGCGUGGGACUUAAUUAGCUGCUGAAAUGAGAUACUUACGCAGAAGAUGAAGGUUUCUCGGAUGCAGCGGUUAACGUGAAAACGUGGGACCAGUUAUUUAUAAUAUAAUACCUGGGUACUAUGGUCUGUUUUGUUUUCUGUCGAUGCUGUCUUCCAGUCUUAGCCAGUUGGAAGAUUUGUCAUCAUGUUUGAUGCUUGCAACUGCUUUCUUAAGAUAAAACCUAUUUUUAUUAUCUAUGUGCUGUUAUUAGCAAGACCGUUCUACGUCACUCUCAGCAUAAUCGAGAAAUGCGACUCUUUUAUUGUGUA